AUGGAUUUUCUAGAGUUAGAAGCGAUCGAGGGUUUGAGAUGGUCAUGGAACUCAUGGCCGACUACAAAAUCCGAUUGUCAAUCACUCGUUGUUCCUCUAAGUAUCAUGUAUACUCCAUUGAUGCAAUUCUCUGAGCUUCCGACUAUUCCUUAUGAUCCAUUGAUUUGUUCUCGAUGCGGAGCAGUGUUGAACCCUUACGCUCGUGUUGAUUACCAAGCUCGAAUCUGGUCUUGUCCCUUUUGUUUUCACAAAAACUCUUUCCCUCGUUCUUACGUCGGAAUCACAGAAACUAAUCUCCCGGCGGAGCUUUUUCCGACUUACAGCGCCGUCGAAUACUCUCCGCCGCGUAAAUCAGUCUCCACUUCAACCCCUACGAGUUGGACUAAUGGGAUUAGUCAAGGGUUUCCUUCGUCGAGAUCAAUGUCUUCCACUUCAUCUUUCUCGUCUCUCGCUUCUACAGUUGGAAAUGGAGGGGGAAGCUACAGUGAGUUAGGACCUGCGUUUGUGUUCGUAAUUGAUGCAUCUAUGGUGGAGGAGGAGCUAAGGGCUUUGAGAAGUGAGCUUCUGUUAGUGAUUGAACAGUUACCUGAGAAUUCAUUGGUGGCUUUGAUUACUUUCGAUUCCAUGGUUAGGGUUUAUGAUUUGGGUUUCUCUGAUUGCUCUAAGGUUGUUGUUUUUCAUGGCGAACGUGACCUUCCUCCAGAGCAGAUCCAACAAUUUCUCGGAUUUGGAUAUUCGAAGCAGUUUCAUCAUGGAAAGUUGUCAGCGAUUCGGAAGCAGAGUUUCUUGCUUCCGUUAGCGGAAUGUGAGUUUAACUUAACAUCUGCUUUUGAAGAAAUCGUUCCAUUGGUUAAUGUCAAACGAGGUCAUCGGCCUCAUAGGUCAACUGGUACUGCGAGUUCGAUAGCUUUGGGAUUGCUCGAGGGAUGUUCUGUAACCACAGGCUCUCGGAUUAUGGUUUUCACAUCAGGACCUGCGACAAGGGGUCCUGGGAUCAUCGUGGACUCGGAUCUAAACUAUUCGAUGAGAACCCAUAGAGAUAUUAUAACUGGUCAAGUGCCUUAUUACAACAAAUCUUGCGGGUUUUACAAGAAACUAGCAAAUAGGCUCUGUGAUUCGUCUGCUGUUCUCGAUGUGUUUGCGUGCUCUCUUGACCAAGUUGGAGCAGCGGAACUGAGAUAUGCAGUGGAAAUGUCUAGUGGAUUUCUUUUACUGGGAGAGACAUUUGAAUCCGAGCAGUUCAAAAAAUGUCUAAGACAUAUAUUCAGCCGGGAUGCAGAUGGGAACUUGAAUAUGUACUUUGAUGUGUCUUUGGAAGUUGUGACGACUAAGGAUAUGCGAAUAUGUGGGGCACUCGGUCCAGUUGUGUCGCUUAGACAGAAGAACGAUAUAGUGAGUGAAACAGAGAUAGGUGAAGGCGGAACAUAUAUCUGGAAGACGAGCACUGUCACAAAUAAGACAUGUGUUUCGUUCUUCUUUCAAGUGAGCAAUGAACAGAAUCGGAAACCGCAACCUGGUUCCGCGUUCUUCAUUCAGUUCAUCACACGGUAUCGGUAUGGCAAUGGAGCUGUCAGGAAGCGGGUUACAACGGUUGCUAGACGAUGGGUUGCUGGAAAGUCACCAGAAAUCUCAUCCGGUUUCGAUCAAGAAACAGCUGCUUCAGUUAUGGCGCGGCUUGCGAUAAACCGAGCAGAGGAGUGUUACGCGAGAGACGUUAUUAGAUGGUUAGAUGACGGUUUAAUCCAGUUCGCUUCACGGUUCGGAGAUUAUAUUCAAGAAGAUCCGUCGUCUUUCAGGUUGACACCAAACUUCUCGCUUUAUCCUCAGUUCAUGUUCUAUCUAAGAAGAUCACAGUUUCUUGACGUCUUCAACAAUUCCCCGGACGAGACCGGUUUUUUUCGGUUAAUGUUAAACCGUGAAGGAGUAGUAAACUCAAUCAUCAUGAUUCAACCAACGCUUCUCCGGUAUUCAUUCGACGGACCGCCAGUUCCCGUCCUCCUCGAUAUCCGGUCAGUAACCGCAGACGCGAUUUUGCUAUUCGAUUCAUACUUCUACGUGGUUAUCCACCACGGAUCAAAAAUCGCACAGUGGAGGAAACUCGAGUAUCACAAAGACGCAAACCACGAGACUUUCCGAAACCUUCUCGAAGCACCUGAAAUCGAUGUGGUUCAGUUAGUAACUGAUCGAAUCCCAAUGCCGCGAAUUGUACGGUGCGACCAACACGGCAGCCAAGCUCGAUUCCUUCUCGCUAAGCUCAAUCCUUCAGUGACUCAGAAAACAGAUCAUACCGGUGGUUCGGACAUUGUUCUCACCGAUGAUUUGAGCCUCCAAGAUUUCCUCGACGACUUACAAUCUCUGGCAGUCAAAAGCUGA